AUGAGUGGCCCACGAAAUAACCUCGACGAGAUCCUAAGGCGGAAUAACAGAUCAGCAGAGCUGCCAAUAACCAGAGGCGAAGGCAGCAAGCCAAAAUCCGAAGUAAGCUCGUCCAUCGACGCGUCUCUGGCGACCUUUUUAAUGCUAAGUCGAUCAUUGAAGCAAUACAAAUUCAAACGCCUACCUGAUGAAGACCCGAAUGCGCCAAAUGUGUCCCGAAUACCCAACCCACAGUCAAGCUCAUCCUCGACAUCUCUACAUACUCAGUUUGCGAGAUCCGAGUUCCCUCCUUCCGAACCCCCCUCCGUCAGCCGCAUCUCUUCUUCAAUCCGCCGAACGGUACCCAUGAAGCGUUCCUCACCAGAGUCUACCUCCUAUUCGGCCAAUAAACGAGUAAAGAAAGAUCUGCCACUAUCCGACCACACAGAACUUGAUUUGCAGACCGAUUCCAACAGGCAUGCAACAGUGAGCCUGGUCGAGGAUGCUGCUCAACCACCACCACAAAGAAUCGCGCCUCCGACCAAGGUCCGACCCAAGACUCCACCCCGUCCAAUAUCCAGUGCAUUUGGAGCCGAUCUCAGUGAAAUGUCUACUCGCAAGCUCAACAAGUUGCAACUCGGCCGGCAGAAGGCAACAAUAAACGCUGCGACUAAUAUAUUCAACAAACUGCGAGGGAAUGACGACAGUGAGGAGCUGGACCUUGAUGCCAUGAUGCGGCAAUUUGAAGCACUCAAGAACAGUGCAAAUGAGGUGGAGGAAAUACUCAAACGACGGCAGCUCGAAGAAACUACGGUCGACAGCUCCCCAAAUCGCUCUCUGGCAUCCAUACUGUCUUCGCCCAUAGGCACUGCCGCAAACCUGCCAGAUCUUCGCCCAGGUGCCCCCGAGACCUCUUCGCGAGUUGUCAUGCAGACCACCGAAGUUAGGCGAAUGGAAGUAGCCGAACUAGACGGGCCAUCAUCUUCUAAUCCACCAGCCCGAGGGGCGAGUACAUUCCGCACCACGUCCAGUGUAACACGAGAAGCCAUCCGACAGGAAUACGAAAUUGGCGAUGAGGAGGAGGAUGGCGCACUUUGGGAAGGCAUGGGAGACAUUGGUGGACCUAGUCACGAUGCGUUUUCUGUUCCCCCAGUGGAAAGGAAUCACCGGGACAAUGUUUCACGGAUUAAAGCAGCUUAUUUGCCCGAAGAUCAAUCGGCGGAUGAGCCCGCUGUCGAUUACACAGGGCAUCGGAGCUAUCAAGAAGUCAUUCAAGUGCGAAACAACAUCUUCCAGCUGCGCUCUUUCAGGAAGCAUCAACUGGAAGCAAUCAUGAGCGCCUUGUCUGGCAAAGACGUCUUUGUGUUGAUGCCUACUGGUGGGGGCAAAAGUCUGUGCUAUCAGCUACCCGCCGUUUGCACAACCGGUACGACUCGAGGGGUCACCAUCGUAGUCUCGCCGCUCAUUGCUCUUAUGGACGACCAGUUGAAAGAACUGCAGGAUCUCGGGAUCGAUGCCACCAAUCUUCACAGUGAACAGGAUGUGGAAAUGAUCAAGGAUACCAACAAACGUUUACGAAGUCUCUCGGAAGACAAGCCAGCUUUGGUUUAUAUCUCUCCUGAGAAACUUACGAGCAGCCUUGCACUGAAGGACAUGUUGAAUCAACUCUACUCGCGUAACCAGCUCGCCCGCUUCGUAAUCGACGAGUGUCAUGUCUUACCCGGAUGGGGACGCGGUUUCCGUGAUAGCUAUAUGGAGCUAUAUAAGUUGCGGAAAGAUUUCCCGAAAGUACCAAUCAUGGCGCUCACUGCAACAGCUACCAAGCAAGGCAUUCAAGACGUGAUUCAAAAAUUGCAACUCAGGCCGGACCAUGUCCUGCUCCAACAAUCUUUCAAUCGUCCGAAUCUUAUCUACAGGGUGGCACAGAAAAAGAAGGCAGUAAACACGGAAAUUGCGGAAUGGAUCAAGCGUAAAUAUCCCGAGGCAAGGGGGAUCAUAUAUUGCUUAUCAAAAUUCGACUGCGAGAAAGUUUCCGAAGAACUCAAUCAGAAACAUGGACUCGUUUCUACGUUCUACCACGCGGAGGUCGACAAAGGCAGAAAGCGGAACAUCUUGCAGGACUGGAAGGCGGGCCGAGUCCUCAUUAUUGUGGCGACUAUUGCAUUUGGCAUGGGCAUCAAUCAGGCUGACGUACGCUUUGUGAUUCAUCACUCCCUUCCAAAGAAUCUCGAAGGUUACUAUCAAGAAACAGGCCGUGCUGGCAGAGACGGAAAGGUCUCGGAAUGCAUACUCUACUACAGCUGGAACGAUGUCCAGCGUUAUACCAGAAUGUUACGAGGGGACGACGCCAUGCCAGUCGAAGAGCAGGAUCGACAAAUCUCUCAAGUUCGCAGUGUAUAUCAGUACUGUGUCACGGACGUUGGCUGUCGUCGUGUGGAUGUUCUGAGACACUUUGGUCAAGAAUUCCUCCCGGAACAUUGCCAAAAUACCUGUGACAAUUGCAUCUCCGGAAAUGCAGGUUCGCUUAAGGACCUGACCUUCGACGCGUUGAAUCUCGUUCAACUAGUUCGCGAGCGAAAGGACCCCAAACUUACGCAAAAUCUCUGUGCGGUCGCGUUCCUUGGAAGCAAUAACUCCACCAUACGCGAUCGGGGGUAUCGUAAUUCCCCUUUCUUUGGUAAAGGUCAACAUCUGGGGCCGACCGUGGUCCAUCGCCUGAUUACCCAUUUGAUUAUGGACAAUGUGCUCACGGAAACCAUCAGUGAGGGUCGCGGAGAGAUGGGGUGGUCACAUACGUACCUCAAGCUGGGUACCCAAGCGGAAGCGCUGAUGCAAGGGAGUCUAAAAGUCGAGAUGCGGGUCUCGGACUCGAUGGCUGGCCUCGGUGGAAACAAGAAAGACUACAAAGGCAAACGGGUCAAUGGGACUGUGCGCUCUAUCAACCGCACCGUCGUCGAGGAGAUCACCUGCUAUGACGAUGGAGAUGAUCUGGGUCAACCUAUAGAGCAUUAUUCACGCAUCGAGCGCGGGAUAGAGGAAGACUAUAUCCUGCCAAAUGAUCCGAAGCCGUCCGGGUCGCGAUCACUAUCGAGACAAACUGCUCAUGUCCAAACAGAAGUCAUUUGUCUCGAUGACGAUGACGUCGAGGAAUAUCCAGGCAACUCGGAUCCCUCAACAAAAACGCUACACGAUAGCCUGCUCCAACUGCGGAAAGAACUCGCACAACAAAAGAGAAAGCAGGAAGCAGACAUACUCAGUGAUGAAUGCGUCCAAAUGCUGGCCUGUAUGCCGCCCACCGAUCCUAGAGAAUUCAGAGCGACGCUGAUGGAAGUCUACGGGGACGAGGGAAAGGUGAAGAUCAUCAUGGACCGCGGGGCUCUCAGGUUCUUGGAUGCGUGCAUUCAGCAAGCUAGGAAGACAACUACUGCGCCAAAGCCACAACCAAAACCAAAGGCUAGCGAGUCGGUACGAGAGAUACGCUCAAAGUUUACGUUCGACUCAACCACUAUCACGGCACGAAGAGGAAAGCAGGCAGAAACGUCUGCAAGAACAGUACGGCCAGGCAUACGGCAGAUGGAUGUAUAA